AUGUCGCGAUCUCGCUGGUCCAUGUCGUCUUCAAUCGACCCGCUAUUCGAGUUUGAUGCCCCACAGACUUUUAUAGACCUCAGCGCGCCCUUGUCUCCGUUUCCCGCGGGUGCGCACGACCCUUGGUUCGACCAAUUGCACAUACAACAUAGCAAACCCAGUGCGGAAUUAGCAAGAGAGCUCGCAGAAAACAUCCGCAAGCUGCAGAAUAAGGAGCAGAAAGGGAAAGAUUCAGUUAAAAAUCAGGGAAAUCAACGACGCGACCACAAAUGGAGUGCGAACAAGGAAAAUCAACAACCAGCAGACUGGCGUGAGAUCGUUGCUGAAAGGAACAAGCAACUUCAGCAGAAAAAGAGAAACAAGUUUACGAGUUUAAAAGAAAUGCGUGCAACACAAGAGCCAUUCAAACUACACAAGACCAAAGUUGAACUUAAGACAGUGACUGCAUCUUCUCCGCGAAACAGGAGACCGCUGAUGGACGUAGGAAAUAGACCCAACUUGGGCAGAAAGCGAGCGGCUCCUACCGCAGAUGUGAAAAAUGUGCAUGAGCUACUGAAACAACAUAAUAAGAAAUUUAAGACCAAGCAUACGUACGAGCCACCACACCAUUCCGUGCGAGAUGUCAAACAGUGGGAACGAGAGACCAAACAAAGUUUUUACGCUAUGUCAGCGGACGAGCGCGUGCGUGCAAACCAAGAAAUUGCAAUUUGGAAGAAGCAAAGGGCUGAAAAAAAUCAAUAA